UAGGUCACACAAGCAUAUAACAAUCAAAGCUUUGUGUAAGAACGGGAUUUGAAUGGUGAAAAUGAUCAGCUCAUUGUUGAAAUUAGUCCUCCUGCUAAGUUUAUCAGUUGUAGCACUUGGCAAUGCCAAUCUCAACAGUGGUUUACGUGCAUAUUAUUUGGUACAACAGUGGUUAGGAUCAUACUGUAAUCAAGCAGGGACGAGAUGUUGCUACCCUCCAACAGGGAAACCAAGUCCAGACUUCACAAUAGAUGGACUAUGGCCUUAUUUCAAUGAUGGCAACUUCGCCUACAACUGUGGCAUUGACAACUAUGAUGUAGCUAGGAUAAAACCUUUGCAAGAGAGACUACGAGUGGCAUGGCCAUCCUUCACAUGCCCACAAAUAGGUAGAAAGUUUUGGGUGCAUGAAUGGAACAAACAUGGAACGUGCACAAAAUCAAACCUUGGUGAAAUUGAGUAUUUGGAGACAGCAAUGAGCCUUAAGAAGAAGAUGAACCUUUACCAAGCACUUAUAAGAGCAGGGAUUACUCCUAAUAAUAACAAGUUUUACUCACUAAAAUCCAUAAAGAAGGCCAUUGUUAAAGCAAUUGGAUUUCACCCUUUGAUUAUGUGUAACCAUGAUGCUCAAGGAAAUUCCCAAAUUUGGCAAGUUUCUUUGUGUGCUGACACUACUGGGACUAAGCUUAUUCCUUGCCCAUAUCUUCCAAAAGGUCGUGGUAAUUGUAAGGCUAAAAUCAAGUUCCCUUCCUACUACUAGUUAUUUCUUAUAAUUUCAAUCUUUUUUUCUAGACCAUUUGUAUUAAUACAUGCUUAUUCAAUUUGUCCUGUAUGACUCAUGUUGAAGCAUAUCAAAUUUAAUUAUUAUUAAUAAUAAAAAUAAUG